AUGACGCUUUACCUCAAGGAAGACCAGUUGGAGUACCUUGAGGAGAGGAGGCUUAAGGAUUUGGUCAAGAAGCACUCUGAGUUCAUCAGCUACCCGAUCUCUCUCUGGAUUGAGAAGACCAUUGAGAAGGAGAUUUCUGACGAUGAAGACGAGGAAGAGAAGAAGGAUGAGGAAGGCAAGGUCGAGGAGGUAGAUGAGGAGAAGGAGAAGGAGGAGAAGAAGAAGAAGAAGAUCAAGGAGGUUUCUCACGAGUGGGAUUUGGUGAACAAGCAGAAGCCUAUCUGGAUGAGGAAGCCAGAGGAGAUCAACAAGGAGGAGUACGCCGCCUUCUACAAGAGUCUCAGCAAUGACUGGGAAGAGCAUUUGGCUGUGAAGCACUUCUCCGUUGAGGGACAGCUCGAGUUCAAGGCUAUCCUCUUCGUUCCCAAGAGAGCUCCUUUCGAUCUCUUUGACACCAAGAAGAAGCCAACAACAUUAAGCUCUACGUCCGUCGUGUCUUCAUCAUGGACAACUAGAGACUUGCAGCAGAACAAGAUCCUCAAGGUCAUCCGCAAGAACCUUGUGAAGAAGUGCCUUGAGCUCUUCUUUGAGAUUGCUGAGAACAAGGAGGACUACAACAAGUUCUACGAGGCAUUCUCCAAGAAUCUGAAGCUCGGUAUCCACGAGGACUCUCAGAACAGAACCAAGAUCGCUGAGUUGCUCCGUUACCACUCAACCAAGAGCGGUGAUGAAUUGACCAGCCUCAAGGACUACGUGACGAGGAUGAAGGAAGGUCAGGAGGACAUCUUCUACAUCACCGGUGAGAGCAAGAAGGCUGUGGAGAACUCUCCAUUCCUCGAGAAGCUCAAGAAGAAGGGGUACGAAGUCCUUUACAUGGUUGAUGCCAUUGACGAGUACGCCAUUGGUCAGCUCAAGGAGUUUGAGGGAAAGAAGCUCGUCUCUGCAACAAGGAAGGUCUGA